UCUGCGCUCGCGCCGAUCAGUGCGACCCGACGGACUGGCGUAGACGCGCGUAUUCCUAUCAUUAAUUUUAACUAGCAGUUCAGUGUGUGCGAUCGAGAUUCUUUGUAAAGAUGCCGGACCAAGAGUUUGACCAUGAAAGGGACCUCCUCGCGUUUAAAGACUGGCUUGUGAAACAGCCCCAUCUACCUCAUGAAGUUGAUGAGAUUCUGCUCCGUCGGUUCCUACACAGCUGCCGCUACAGCAUCGAGCGCGCGAAGCGGACCAUUGACUUGUUCUUCACCAUCCGGUCCAAUGCCCCUGAGCUGUUCUGUAAGAGGGACCCCUGGGCACCAGAGAUUAGACGCGUCUUUGAGAUCACAGACUUACUGCCUCUUCCCAACAAAACAAAAGAGAACCACCGUAUUUUCAUCUACCGCCUCAACAACCCUGACUUAGACCUGUUCACCUUCGUGGAUGCCGUGAAGACCUUCUUCAUGCUCGCGGACACCAGGCUGACAGAAGACGAUGACAUCCCGGCGGGAGAGAUACCUAUAUUCGACGCCGCCAACGUUUCGUUGAAGUUCAUCGGGAAAGUGAAUUUGUCUGUGCUACGGAAAUAUAUGAUGUACACACAAGAAGCAAUGCCGAUCAGACUAAAGCAGGUUCACGUGAUCAACGCUCCUUCCUACAUCAACAAGAUCCACGCCAUUUGCAAGCCCUUCCUGAAGGCGGAGGUCGCUAAAUUGAUAAAGUUCCACGAGCCAAAAUCAGAUACUCUUUACAAGGAUGUGCCGCAGGAGCUGCUGCCACAAGAGUUCGGCGGGAACGCGGGCACCAUCGAGCAGAUCAAGAGACACUGGAUCAAGAAGAUUGAGGCCAAGAGAGAUUGGUUCCUGACCAACGACAAGCGGUGGGCUGUGGACGAAGCGUCAAGGCCGUCUAACUGCAAGGAGAGCGCCGAGAAAGUCAAGGACCUGCCCGGGUCCUUCAGGACGUUAGCUUUAGAUUGAGUCCAUCACCAAUACUUACUUACUGCUUACUACUAGCCUUUCUCCGCAGACGUUUUGUCUGGUUGCCUUUGGCAUUAGGCCUCUCCCAUAUUUCUCCAUGUUUCUCUGUCUAGAGCCUAGAGUCACCGGGUGGUGACUAUGAUUAAAUGCAAAGUACAACCUAACAUGGUAUCCAGAAUUAGAUAGAGAAAACAGGCCCAUUCCAACUUACACUGCUUUCAUUUUACAUCUGAAAGACACGCACGAUGAUUGAUUGAUCUUUCGGAUAUCGUCAUGAUAUACAUAGGUGUACGUUUGAAUGAGGGUUAUGAAUCGUUUUUUUGCCAGACGAGAGGCAAAUAAAUGUCGAUUUUAGAUGAUUGGUGGAUUUUGAAGUUUAAUGUCAGAAAGGCACCUUAGAUCGCCGCCUAGCGAAAAAAUGAUUCAGACCUCUCUUUUUUGGCCUGAAAGGGGAGAGAGGAAAGAUUAAAGAUUGCGGAUGUGUGAUUAAGUACCGCAUCAUUUUUAUUUUAAGUAUAGAGGUCUAAACGACAUAAUGAUGUUCAAAUACGCUUUAGGUAUCUAAUUCUGGACAAAAUUAAAGUCGUUAAUAUUUUUUAAAAGUAUAGACGGGUAACCAAAAAAUUCAAUUUUCUAUGGGAAUUAAACGUUCGCCCCGAUUUUCAAUCAAUUUUUAAGUGUUAUGGCAGGCCAAUGAUUCCACCAACGUCAAGGUAAACCUUGACGCCUGAACCUAAAUGAAGGCAUGCGUUUUAUGAAGACAAUUGGCCGGCGAGCCCUACAUUUUUCUGCCGCGUUUUUAGUGCUAAGUUUUGGUUGACCGUCUAUAGUUAGUUUACUUAUGUCGAAUCUUAGGGUAUGUACAGUCAACCAAUUGGAACCCUAGGUCACUGUAGAACUAUGUCAUAGUGACGUUAUAAAUCAGAUUGUAAGAAAUCUCUUACUGCUUGUCAUUUUGACAUGGUUGUAGAGUGGCCUAGGGUUCCAAUUGGUUGACUGUACUUUGCUCAUGUCCAAAGGGCACCUAGUUUGUCUUGUUUUUUAUAACAUGUUUGUAAGUAAACAGAAGGCCAUAGGCAUAUUUACACAUUAUUUUUAAAGUUUGUGUUUAAUUUCGCGUUUCAUCUUAGGUAUAUUUGCUUUCAGUGUGACAAAUAGGAAAUAGAUGCAAGAACAUGUUGAGCUGUAAAUAACUUAGGUAUGGUAGAGAUAUUUAUAUUUAGCAUGGUUAAUGUUUGCUUGUUAAAAUGCCUAAGGGUCACUUGCACCAACGAAAAUGGUGGGUAACCCUCCAUUUUCGUUGGUGUAAGUAGCCUUAACUGAAACUGUAUCCGAUAAAUGUAUCCGAAAAUAUGCAAACUAUCAUGGAGCCGAUUCGGAUGUAUUUUGUUACAAACAAUAACAUUAUUUUGUUAGUUUGUCUUGUCAAAAUAAUUUGAUUUAAGGUACCGAUGCUUGACAGUGUCCCAGUAGAUGACACUUUCAAUCUUAAGUCAUUGUCAAUAAAUGUGACGGAAGGGUGUCGUCUAUUGGUCAUUAGCGUGUCGAGCCCUUGUAAGCAUUAUUAUCUUAGUAAGAUCGAAACCUGUCUAGUGUCUACGUAAAAAGUUGGUUGUACCAUUAGACAUUUUGUAAAUUAUAAUAUUAUAAAGUUUAUUUGCUUAUUUGAGUAUUAUAUUGCUAGUUGUGAUAGUUUAAGUCAGAGUAUAUUUGUUACUUAAUUGUGAUUAGGUAUAGGGUGCAAAUAAAACAUACAUAUUUUGA